AUGCUUCGCGAAUCAGAUUCUACCCUCGAGGAACUUUUGCAGUCUCUCACCAACAUUGGUCUCCUCUUGUGUGAAUUGACGGAAGCAGACGAGAAGUAUGAAGCGGACAAGAGCCCAGUACUGGCCAACCUGACUGCACGUCAUGAGCAGAUGAAGCAGACGAGCGAACGACUGGUUAUGUUGGCCAAAGAGGCGGCCGGUCGACUCUCCGAGAGACUCAGCUCCCUACAAGCGACCACUCGAUCUCGCAAUAGACUGUCUGGAUGGCUGAGUGAGCAGGAGUACCGAUUUCGAGAAGGACUCAAGGUGGAGACGAGACCUGCGAUAGAGGACAGAAGGAGACGCUACGACAAGUCGCCGGAUUUCGAUGUACCAUCUGGAGGAUCUGUAGCCAAUGCUGCUUGGCUCCACGAUUACGAGCCUGAGUCAUACUACCUAUUCGAGUACCACAAGAAUGAGGUUGCCAAAUGGGAGGUUAGCUUGACCGCCAACUUUCCACAUGCAAUAACCCCAUUCUUCUGCAACUGUCUAUAA